GACAUAUGACAGUUGACAUAUGCAGUUUGUUAUAAAGUUGUAAUGUAAACAUAACUAAAUUAAAAUUAAAUACGACGAGUAAUUUCAUAUGAUAAGUAGAAUUUGUGUUCAAAAAGUUUACCUCAUACAGCCAUUAUGGUUUCAUAUUUCACUAUUGAUGCUACGGGUGAAGUCACGAAUUUUCAAAAAGAGAUAUCUAACAUGAUGCAUGGUUUUGGAGAUAACCCGAAUCCCAAUGCUGCAACAGUUGUUUUAGUAGAAAAUAUCGUUCUACAGCAACUUAGGUCAAUGUUACAAGAAGCCUUGAAUAACUCGACUAUGAGAGGCGCAAAUACUAUAACAAAUUAUGAUAUAAUUUAUUUAGUGAGGAAAAAUCCUGUCAAAUUAAAAAGACUUCACGAUUACCAAAUAAAACUUGACCGAAUAGAUAGAAAUCGUCCAUCAACGGUCACGACGCCGACAGAUACGAUUUUACCCGGAAUCAUUUUAGAAGAAGAAAAAGAAGUCACACUAAAGAAAAAACGAACUCACAUCGAUGUUAUAAAAGAAAUCGACGAAACUGAUGAAAUGAGUCUAAUAAAAUUCGAUGCUAUUGAUUAUUUGAGAAAAGUAAGAGCAUCCAAACUAACUGAAUCAAUGUCUUAUGAAAAAUAUGAGGCAUAUCAUAAAGCUAGGUGCAGUUCAUUUCGUUCAAGUUAUGGUCUCACUAAAGGUUUUGUUAAGCUAGAAAGAUGGAUCAAUCCAAAUAAAGAACUUAAAAUAAACCCACUAGCUUUAGAAGUCCUGUGUUUUCUAGCUUAUGAGACUGUUGCAGAAAUAGUCGAUGCUGUCUUCUUGAUACGACAGGAUAGUAAGAAGAAGAGUGGGGACCCAUUUAGCAAGUUUGAGGGUGGUUACUUUUGCAAUCCACAGAGUUUGAACAAUGCUGUUUAUAUUAAAUCAGGUUAUGAAGGUUGUCCAGCGAUAACGGUAGCUGAAGUGAGGGAAGUGCUAAGACGGUAUUUCACACCUAGAAAUGGAAUGAAUGGUCUCUUUUACAGGAAUAUGAGUAUGGAUUUACCUGUCAGAUAUAUUGCAAUAUAAAUAAACAAAAAUAAAAUGUAUUUUUUAUUUACUUUUUUGGUAGCUUUUAAAAUUUUCUAUAUAUAUAUAAACAUAUAUAAUAUUAAUAAAAUUAACCCCUAUUAAUAAGAUUAAAAUUGUUAAGCAUU